AAACAACCCUAACCCUAUGUAAAUCCUAUAUGUGGUGAAGGGCCCUCGCAAAACCCCAAAACGCACUCCCAGACAGUCAGUCAGACAGUCAGACAGUCAGACACUCAGACACUCAGGGCUUCGCGGCAAAGCUGAAGCCGAAGGUCUUCUCUCCCCUCUCCCCGACCGGCAAGCUACACGCUCUUCCUGAAGUUGUCUGAGCACUCUCGAGAGAGGCUUCGAUUUCCCUUCUCCUCGGUACAUACAUACGCUGCUGCAGAGAGGGCGCGCUCGCUCACACGCAGUCAUGGCGAUCGAGGCAUGGUACAUGGAUGAAGACAAGGAAGCUGACCAGAGGCUACCUCACCGCCAGAGUCCAAACGUAGCGUGCGGAACUGCCGAACUCGAGUCGUUGGGUGUCCUGCACUGGGAGCUAGAUGCCGACAAGCACGCGGAUGACCCAGCCUUGGAGAAAAUUCGACAAGACCGUGGCUACUCGUACCAGGACAUCAUCACCGUGUCGCCGGACAAGCUGGCGAACUACGAGGACAAGAUCAAGUCCUUCUUCGAAGAGCACAUGCACACCGAUGAAGAGAUCAGAUACAUUCUAGAAGGCAGCGGAUACUUCGACGUGAGGGCGAAGGACGAGCGUUGGGUGAGGAUCAAGAUGUCCAAGGGCGACCUGAUCACCCUCCCUGCCGGCAUUUACCACAGGUUCACCCUCGAUGACACCAACUACGUCAAGGCGAUGCGGUUGUUCGUGGGAGAGCCGGUAUGGACGCCUUUGAACAGGCCGCAAGAUGAUCACCCCGUCAGGAAAGACUACCUGGCAACAAUCGCCACUGCUGCUGCCACUGCCAAGGCAUGAAGGCUACCGUAUAUGGCGCAAGAUACAACACUCCCUGGACCGAUUUUUUAAACCUCGAUUACUCCACGACGAAGAGGUUGCAUAAACGAAAUGAUAGAUUUUUGAGAAGCUCUCG